AUGAAGACUCCCUCUAAGGAAUGUAAUGAACACACCUCUAGAAAUUCUAUACAUGAUGAAUAUGAUAAUAAAGAUUUGAUACCUAUAUAUAGAAAACCUAUGAUCAAUAAAAGUGUUUUUUUAAAAACAUCAGAAAAAAAGUAUCAUCCUAUAAAUAAACAUACAACAAAUUCAUAUAAUAUAUUUCCUUAUGGAGGUAUUUAUUAUCAUGAUAUUAUUAUAAAGGAUGUAUUAAAGUUUUAUUAUAAGAAUACUGACAAAAGAAAUAAUUAUUCUAAUUAUUUAUCACAACAUGAGAGAGAGAGUUCUAAUUAUGUUUAUUUGGGUGCAGGAAUUAUGAGAGAAGAACAGGAUAAAAAAAAUAAGGAAAAAAAUAAAAUGGUUUUUAUAUUUUUUAUUAAUGAAAUGUUGUUGAAAAGGUUAAGAAGAAAUAAUUUAAGAAGAAAGAGGAAGAUUCGAAGGGUACAAAAAAAUGAAAAUGAAAAUGAAAAUAUAAAUAUAAAUAAUAUUAAUAAUAAUAAUCAUAAUAAUAUUAGUUGUUGUAAUGAAAUGUAUUGCUCUUCAAGGCAAGGUAAUUUUAAAGAAGAAGAUGAUAAUAAAGAAAAAGAAAAAAAGGUAUCAUCAUGUUCGAACAGAAUUAAUAAUUAUGUUAAGGAAUAUAUAAAAAAAAAAAGUAAUAUUAAAAGAUUACAAGAUAUAGAUAAUAUUUUAAGUGAACAAUCAAACAAUAAACAUACUUUUAUAAGAACAAAAUCUUCUCUCUUUUAUGAAGAUAUAAAAACAAAAGAAGGAGGUACAUGUACUGAUGUAAAUAGAAAUUAUAAAAACAAUACAAUCAAUUCAUUUUUUAAUGAUUGGAAAAAUAUAGAGGAAAACAAUACAAAUAUAAUUAAUGAUAUUAUAAAUGAAGAAAUAUAUGUUAAUAAGUCGACUACCCUUGAUUCAUUAUAUGAUAAAGAAGGUUCAAAUGAUAGAAAAAAUGUAUGCGAUAAGAGAUCUGAAGGUAAAAAAAGAUAUCAUUAUGAUGACAACGAUUAUUAUUAUGAUGAUGAAAAUGAUUAUUAUGAUGAUGAAAAUAAUUAUUAUGAUGAUGAUGAUUAUUAUGAUGAUGACGAUUAUUAUGAUGAUGAUGAUGAUUAUUAUUAUCAUUGUGAUGAAUACCUUCAGAAACACAAUGAUCAACCUUAUGAGGUACACAAAAAAAAUACAAAUUAUCAUAACAAAGAACAAAAUGUAUAUACAGAUAAGAAUAAUAUUUUUUUAUUAAAUAUUUUACAUCAUCAAAAUAAUGUAUAUUCAGUCAAAUGGAAAGAAAGUUCGUAUGAAGAAUUUUCAAUUUUAGUUUCUAUUUGUUAUGAUGGAUAUAUGUAUAUAUGGAAAGAACAUAUGAAUUGUAAUAAUAAAUUUACAUUUAUAUCUAUAUGUAGAAUUUAUAUUUUAUAUUUUGAGAAUUUGAUUCAAAAUAUUAAAUGGUAUUGGAUUAAUAAAAAUGAAGAAAACGAAGAAAAUUAUAAUUUCAUUUUUAAUAAUAAAAAUAUAAACCUAUCAAAAAAUGAAUAUUUGAUAGUAUAUGGAUCAAAAAAUAAUUUAGUGGAUCAUAAGGAUAAUUAUUAUAGUGAUUCUAUAUGUAGGCAAAAAAAUAAAAUGAAAAAUUGUAUAUAUGACAAUGAAUUUAAAAUCAAAAAUAAUAUUUACAAUGAUAAUAAUAAUAAUAUUUAUAAAAAUAAUACUUAUAAAAAUAAUACUUAUAAUGAUCAUACUUAUAAUGAUCAUACUUAUAAUGAUAAUACUUAUAAUGAUCAUAUUUAUAAUAAUGAUGAUGAUAAUAUUUAUUUUAGUGAUAUAAAAGAUUUUAUGGUUUUUUCCAUAUAUGGUAUUUUCAAUAUUUAUGAUAAUAAUAUACAUAUAAAAAAUAUAUUAAACUAUGAAAAUAUACCCAUACAUAUCAACUUUAAUAAUAUAUUAGAUGCAAAACUAGAAUACAAUAUAAUGAAUACAUCUCUUAUAUCUGUAUAUACAGAUGAUACUUAUUUGCCAGUUAAUGAAUAUAAUAUUAAAUAUGGUAAAUGGAAAAUUAAAAAAAUAAUAGAUCACGAUUUAAUCAUAAAUAAUUUUAAAAGUAAUCAUUUCAAUUAUAUAAACGAACAAAAUAAUAAUAUCAAUAAUCAUCAUUGUUAUGAUAAAACAUUUUCUCCACUUUCUUAUUAUAUACAAAAUAAUAAACAUUUAAAUAAUAAACAAAAUGAUUUUAUAUUAUUUGAAAAACUUUUUAAUACUAUCAAUAAUUUAAUGCCUCCAUUCUCAAUAAAAAUUUCUACUUACAAUAAUGACUUUUAUAAAAUAUUUAUUAAACCUAGUGAUAUAUGGAUUAAAAAGAAAAACAGUAUAAGUGUUAGAUAUUUUCUUGAAUACAAAAAUGUCUUACACAAACAAAAUAAUUCUCAUUCAAAUAGUAACUUUAAUAAUAAUAGAAAAAAAUCUAAACAUAUUCAAUAUGAUAUGCAAUUUAAUAUAUAUCAUAAUAUUUUACUUGUACUGAACAAAAUUAAUAAUAAAAUAUAUCUCUAUGAUGUUGUAGGGUCUUUAAAGAAAAAAAAAAUAAAUAAAAAUAAUAAUAAUGACAACAAGAACAUGAAAAGGAAAAAUCAUUAUUUAUCUAAUGAAGAGACAUAUAUACAUUCAAAAGGUUUUAAAAAUUUAAAUAAUGAUGAAAGUAAAACAAAUCAAAAUAAUAUGUAUGAAUAUCAUACAAAUAGUGACAUGAACUGUAAUCAUGUUAAUACUAAUCAUCUAUCAAAUAAUAUUAUAACUCAAAAUAUACAAUCAACACAUUUAUCAAAUAAUAUCAACAGCAAUCAUAUUACUCAAAUAAAUAAUAAUAUAGAAAUGCAUGAAGAAAAAAAUUUUAAUAAUCAAACAUUUAAUACACAGAAAAAUGAUAAUUUUUUGGAUUCAUCUAACCAACAUAAUAAUAAUAAUAAUAAUAAUAAUAAUAUUUAUAAUAAUAAUAUUUAUAAUAAUAAUAUUUAUAAUAAUAAUAAUAAUAAUGGUGAUUAUAGCAGUUUAUAUAAAAUACAUUCUGGUGAAAAGGAUAAUAUUAUAAAUAACUCUUAUCAUAAUAAUGUAAAUUCUUUGUGUAGAAAAAAAAUCUUAAAAUAUAAGAAAAAAAUACAAAAAAACAAACAAUUCUUCUCACUUAUUUGUUGUCUUAAUAGUAUAUAUAUUGAUAAUUAUUAUAUAUUAAAAUAUAAAGGAUAUGAUUUCUUAAAUAAUAAAAUACAUUUCAUUUAUAGUUAUGUUUAUAAAUUUUCAACCUAUUAUGAUAAUGUAAAGAAAAAUAAAAAUUUAUAUGUGUCAACUAGCGAAAUUUUAGAAAAAAAACAUCUUAUUCCUUUAGUAUCUAAAUGUAAAAUAAUCGAAUCAUUUGAUUCUUUCUUUUUAUUAUUAUGUAUAGAUAAAAAUAAAGAACAUGUUUUUGCUUUAAAAUCUGAAAAAAUGAAUAUUGUCAAUAAUAUUAAAAUGAUAUGUAUAUUUGAUGAUUAUUCAUAUAUACAAUCAUUAAAUGAAAAUAAAAAAGAGAAUCCAACAUAUAGUCAAAAUAUAAAUACAAAAAUUAAAUUAGAUAAUAAUAUAUAUAUCAAUAAAGUCAAAUCUGAUAUAUUAUUAAUAGAAGGACAUAAUGAAAUUAAUAUAAUCGAUUAUAUUAUAGAUGAUUUUUAUAUAUAUAAUAAAAAUAUGCAACAAAAACUAUUACUUAUUAUUAAAUAUGUAUAUACUAUACAUAAAAAUAACAACCUUCAUAAUAAAAAAACAAAAAAAGAAAUAUAUUUAUUAACCAUAUCAACAAUAGAUAUAUGUAAAGACACUUUUAUUUAUCUUAAUUUGAAAUUAAAAAAUAUGUUUACAUUUUUUAAUCCUAUAAAAAAUAACAAAUUCUUGUUCUCAUAUUAUACAUUGUCUUUUCAAAACAUUAUCCUUUUUGUAACCAAUCAUAAUUUAAUAUUGAAAGAUAAAACAAAUUUUAAUUUUAACGAUGAAUAUGACUAUGAUGAUAAUAGUAAUGAAGAUGAUAAACUUCAAGAUACAUAUGAACUUAAAGAUGAAGAUAUAUGGAAAAAAAAAAAAAAAAAUGAGAAAAGUCAAAACUGUAAUUUAAAUUAUAUGUCCAUAUAUAACAUAGAAAAUAAUCAUAAUGAUAAUAAAGACAAUUCAAGAGGAAACUUAUUUGAACAAAAUUAUCAAAGCUUUUUUUUUAAGAGACAAAAAAUAUACUCCAAGAAGGAUAGUAUGUCAAAUGAGGAAUGUGUUGUAUUUAUAAAUAAUAGUGAUGAUGAAAAAUAUGAAGAUACUAAUAAUAUAAACAAUAUAAACACAAAUAAUAGCAAAAAUAUUACAAUUAAUAAUAGUAAUAGUAAUAAAUUUAGUAAUUUUAUUAGUAGAGCUUUUAAUACAUCUCAUACAUUCAGUGAUAAACAUAAUUCCAAAGAAUUAAAUGAAAAAACCAAACAAAAAAAUAGUGGAUGUACCACUCGUAAAUACCAAAAUGUUGUUAAUUUAUACUUUUUAUGUACUAAGAAAGGAUCUGUUGUCCAUUUCAUGCAAAUUCAAAAUAUUUUAAAACUUGUGAAUAUUCUUCUAUAUAAUUCUUAUAUUCUUUUUAUUACUAAUAAAAACCUACAUAUCUUAAAUCUAAAUAAUCUUUAUAAUAAUUUAUUAUAUCAAGAAAAAGUAAAUACACACAAACUAAAUAAUGGUCCUUCUAAUCAUAAUCAAUCAAUUGAUACAUUUAAUCAUGAAAAUGUCUUGUCCAAAUCUGCAAAACCAUCAAAUUGGCUAGUUACCUUAUCUUUUCCUGACUUGUUAAGGGAAAAAAACACACAAAUUUAUAUGACCAGUGCAGGUAAAAAAAAUUUGCAUUUUAUCGUGAUUAGUUUUAUGAUAAUGAAUGAAAGUGUGUAUGAUAAAAUGAAUACAAAUGAAUUGUAUGAAAAUAAAGAAAUUGUUAGAAAAUAUAAUAGAAAUAAUAAAAAUGAUUUUUGUUAUAAAUCGGUUGUAUUAUAUAACAAUGCAUGUGAUGAUGAAAAGUGGAAUAUUUUAAAAUAUGAGAACAAUAAUAUUUUUAUAUAUUCGAAGCAUUCCCCUUUUUUGUAUGAUAACAAAUUGUUGAUAUUACAAGAUGUAAGUGAGAAUGAAUAUCAAGAUAUUUGUGUAGGAGAUAAUUAUUAUGAUGAUAAUGUUGUUGAGGAAAAGAAAAAUUGUGAAAUAGAAAAUAAAUCAAAUAAUUAUAUAUCACCAAUAAAAGAAAGAAGACUAGAAGAAUAUUAUUUAAAAAAAGAAAAUAUAUAUUUACAUGACAAGAUAAAUUUUUAUGAAAUAAAUUUAUUGAACAAGUUUAAAAAGCAUAUAUUAAAUUAUUAUAAAUUGGAUGUAUUAAAUAGAGAUGAUUAUAAGGAAGGAGGUUUAUUAAGAGAAAAAUUGAAAAAGAAAGAAACUAUAAAAAGUAUAAAUAAUAUGAAUAAAAUAUAUAAUAUGAAUAAAAUAUAUAAUGUGAAUAAAAUAUAUAAUAUGAAUAAAAAUAAAAGGUUAGUUUUUUAUCAUCCAAUAUUACUACUAAAUUAUAUUAAAAUUGGUUUGUUUUCUCAUGUACAUGUAUCGUUAAAAUUACUUUUGCAUGUAUUAUUAAAUAUAUUUUAUAAAGAAAGAACAACUUAUAAUAUUAAAAAAAAUUGUGCAUUACGUUUUAUUAUAGAAAACAAAAAAUUAGAGAAGACACAUUAUAAUUAUCAAGACAUUUCUUGUAGUUUAAAGAAAAGUCAGUUUGUAUACGACCUUAAUUUUAUUCACUGUGAAAUAUAUAACAUGCAUAAAAAUAAAAAAGAAAGUUUGUAUAGUUCGAAUAAUUUACCUAGAGAAGAUAAUAAUUUUUUAACAAAAAAAAAAUUAGAACAAAAAGAAGAGGAGAAAGAAAAUAAAGAUAAAUCGAUUUAUUUAUUUGAAAACGAAUCCAUUUCGCUUGACGAUUUUAAUUUAAAUUCUGAUGAUGAUGAUGAUGAUAAGGAGGAGAAAGAAGAAGAAAAAAAUAAUAAUAAUAAAAAAAAGAAAAAUUGCGACAAUAAUAUUAAUAAUAAUAAUAAUGAUGAUGAUGAUGAUAAUUCCUUAUUAAGUGAUGAUGAAGAUAAACUAUCCGAAUUAUCAAACAGUGAUAAUAAUUCUAAUAAUGAAAAAAAUAAUAACACCAAAUUUGUAGAUAAUGAAGAAAAAAAAUUAAAAGAAUAUUUAAAAUAUUCCAAUGUAAUAAAUUAUGAAUUAAGUAUAGAAGAAAUAAAAAUCUUACAAAUUUUAUUGUUACAUAUAAAUGUACCUUGUUUAAAUAAUUUUUUCCAACUAAUAUUAUAUUGCAUGUUAAAUGCAUUUUAUUAUAAUAUGGAUUAUAUAUGUGAAGAAGCCAAAAAUUAUAUAAAUAAAGAAAACAACGAUAAUUCAGAUGAUGAUAAUUAUAAUAAUCAAAAUUAUAGUGAUGAUGAUCAUCCUCAUCAUGAUGAUAAUCAAAAUGAGGAUCAAGAAAAAAAUACUUUUAAGAUAUGUCAUUGUGAACAUUUUAAUUUUCAUUUGAAGAAGGAAAAAAUAAAAUAUGAAAAUAUUCAUAUAUAUGAAUAUAUAAAUGAUAUUAAUAGUAAUGGUGUUGUUAAUAAUAUUAAUUGUGAUGAGAAGAAUUCCUUAUGUAUCAACAUAAAUAAGAAUAAUUUGUCUAGUUCAUUAUUGUUUUUUUUCCGUUUUUAUAUAAACUGUUUAAUCUUAUUAAAUAUUAAUAUAGAUAUAGAUUAUGAAUAUGUACAUCUAUUUCAUUUUAUAAGUAUAGAAGAUGCAGCUAAAGAAAUUUAUAAGUAUGCAGAAAAUAUGUUUACACAUUAUUCUCAUUAUUUUGAUAUUUAUAUUAAUGAGGAUGAUUUAUUUAGUAUCAGUUUGUUUAGUAAAAAAUCUUAUUAUGAUAAUAAUAAUAAUAUGGAGAAUGAUAAUAUGAAGAGUCAUUAUAUAAAGAGUGAUAAUAAUAUAAAUAGUGAUAAUAAUAUAAAAAGUGAUAAUAAAAUGAAGAUAAUACGACUGAUUAAAAAAAAGAAAGAUAUUAUUAAAUCCAAUUCUGUUACAUCUUCUUUAAGUUAUAAAAAAGAUAAUACAUUUGACACCUUUGAUGAUCUUUCGAAUGACAAGGAAAAUAAUAAUAACAAUAAUAAUUAUUAUGAUCUUCAAGGAUGGAUUAAAAAUAAUAAAUUUAUAGAAUUAAAUAAUAUAUUAAUAGAAAAAAUAAACAAAUCAGAUAUCAUAUUAGAAUAUGUUUUAAAAUACAAUUUGUUUAUAUUUUUUAAAAGAUUACAAUUAUUUUAUUUUAUGUAUACGCAGAAUGAUUUAUUGUUUAUUUAUGACAUAUUAUUAAAUAGAACAAUAAAAAAGAUUAAUACAAUAAAUAUUGAAGAUAAAGAAAAACAAAAUGAAUUAAAUGAAUGUAUGGAUUUCUUAGCAUUAUUAUAUAUAGCAAAAAAUGAAAAAUCUAAAUUGAUGUUAUUUUAUAAAAUCAAAAAACAAAAUAAAAUAUAUGAUUUCUUAUCUAAUAAUUUUAAAACAGAAAGAUGGUUAAAAGCUCUUAUGAACAAUGCAUAUAAAUUAAUGCAAAUAAAAAGAUAUUAUCUAGCUACAGCAUUUUUUAUAUUAUCAGGAGAUAUAAAAGAUGCAAUAGAUGUAAUACACCAAUAUUUAGAAGAUGCACAAUUAAGUAUUUUUCUUAUAAGAUUAAUUAAUAUUUCUUAUAAUGUAUUCACACUUGAAAAUAAAAAAAAUGAUAAUAAUAUAAAUGGUAAUAAUAUAAAUAAUAAUAAUAAUAUAAAUAGUAACAAUAUUAAUGGUAGUAAUAAUUUUAUGGAUACUUCAAGCACACCUCAAGGUUUUAUGUCAAAUAAUGUAAGUCCUGUCUCAUCAAAUUUACCAGUCUUUUCAAAUUCAGCUCUUAAUAGUAAUUCUUUGAAUGAAAAAAAAAAUGACGAGAAACAAAAUUAUAGUACACAUGUGGAAGAGAAAAAGGAAAACAUCAUAUCAUCAUCAUCAUUAAUUACACAUUCUGUUAGUUAUAUAAACAAGGAUAGUGGUGACUCUUUAAAUGUUCAUAUGAAGAGAGAAGAAAAUAAUAUAUCAUCUACAAUUCCUAGAGUUUUUGGAGAUGAUAUAGUCAAAGAUAAAAAUGAAAGUACAUCUGAUGAGAAGGUGGAGAGACCUGAGUUGUUACAAGCAAACGAAAAUUUUAUAUACAAAUAUUUGAAUUAUAUUUUAAAUGAGAAAAUAAAAGAUGAUAUAGAUGAUAAUAAUAAUAAUAAUCAUAUGAGUGAUAUGAAUCAUUCAAAUGAUAAUUCAAAAUAUAAUUAUUUUUGUGAUGAUAGUAACCACAAUGUUCAUAGAAAUAUGUCUUUUUAUAUUUUAAAACAUAUCUUGUUAGGAGAUCUAGAAAAGGUAUAUGACACUUGUGAGAAUAAAAAUGUGACAAAUUUUUUUUAUUUAUUAUUAAAGAAUUUUAUAAAAGAGAAAAAUACAAGUAACAAUCUAAUAAAAGCAUCCAGUGAAAAUAAUCAUAAUAAUCAUAAUAAUCAUAAUAUUGGUUUUUUGGUUGAUGGAGAAAAAAAAAAAUAUAUACAUGAAGAUAUAAAUAUUAUUCAAUGUAACAAUAAUUAUAAAGACUUUAAUAAUAUAAAGAGUGUGAAUUUAUAUAAAAGUGAAUUAUAUUUAUAUUCUAUAAAUUUAUUUGAUGCAGGAUUAUAUAAUUUAUCUUUUGUCUUUUAUUUUAUUUUCUUCUAUUAUAUAAAAAUAUAUAAUUUAAAUAAAAUAUAUGAUAGAUAUCAAUAUUUCUUUAUAUUAUAUUCAGAGAUGUAUUUAGAAAAAUAUUUAUUUUCCAACCCGUUUAUAUUUUCUUCUAUAUUUAAUUUUCCUCAUAUAUUGAAAUAUUCAAAGCAUGCAGAUGAAAAAAAAAGUAUUAAUCAAACAAAAAAAAAAACAAAAAGUAAUAAUAAUAAUAUGAUGAUGAUGACUGAUGGAAAUAAAUAUGAUACAUGUAAUUAUAAUAAUUCUUUUUUUAAAUCUUACGACAUAUUCAAUAAGGAUAAUAUAAUAAUUAUAAACAACAAAGAAGAAAUAGGAGAACAUGUCGAUUUUAUAUAUUCUUUAAAAUUAUUUUCAAGGCUGAUAAAUGGACUUUUCAUAUUAAUAAGAAAUAAUGAUGAUACAAAUAAUAUAAUUAAUAACACAACUUACAAUAAUGAUAAUAAUUAUAUAUAUGAUCUUAUGGAUAUACUCUUUAUAAAACAGAAUGAAGAAUAUAAAAAUAAAUGUGAUAUAGUAGAUGAUAAUGGAUUUAAUAAAUAUAAAAACACAGAUACAAUCAUAAAUUUUAAAAACGAAAUAAAUUGUAUGUUUAAUCUGUUGAAUAAAUUAACAUAUUUAAAAAUAAGAAAUAUAUCAGAAAAUAAAAUUAAUUUAAAUUAUUUCCUCAUAAAUCUUGUUAGAAAAAUAUGGAGUAUUAAUAGGCAUAAGAAAAAUGUAUUAUCAAGUGGAAAGAAUAAUAAAAAUAUGAAUACAAAGAAAAGAAAUACAAAAGAAAAUAAUACACAUGUAAAUAAUGUGAGUGGAUUAAAUGAUGUAAGUGGAUUAAAUGAUGUUAGUGGAUUAGAUAAUGGCCCUAUUGAAAAUGAAAAUAAAAAUGAAAAUAAAAAUGAAAAUAAAAAUAAAAAUAAAAAAUCUCAUGAUCAAAAUAAUAUUUAUGAUAAUGAUCAUAUUAUGAUUAGAUUUCACGCCCUAUUUGAUAUAGCUUUAUAUGAUUAUAAUAAUAAGAAGAAGAAGAAAAAAAAAAUUAAGAUAUUUUAUUAUUAUGCAGCAUUAAAUAAAUAUAAAAUAUUAUUAACACAUUUAUUUUUUUAUUUCUUUAAUUUAUAUAUGAAAAAUUAUAAUGAAGAAUAUAUAAUGUUUCUUAUAAUAAAUUCUAUUAUCUCUAUACAAUUUUUAUAUAUAACAGAUGUAGUAAAUAUUUUAUUAACAUUUUUUCAUCAGAAAAAAAAAAAAAGAAAAUCCUUAGUUGCAUUACAUAUAGCGUUCUUACAAAUAAUAUUAUUUCGUUUAACUAUGAGUAACUUUUUUGUAUAUGACAAUGAAAGAAGGAAAGAAGAAACAUGUAUAGAUAGAAUAAAAUAUUUGGAUAAACAAAAAAAAAGAAUAAACAACUCUAACAUAUACAAUAAUAAGAAGAAUGAUGGUGAUUAUUGUGAUGAUGGUGAUGGUGAUAAUGAUUGUGAUGAUUGUGAUGGUUUUUAUGAUGAUGCAUGUGAAAUAUCCAUUUUAAAUCCUCAUAUUUAUUUAGAUAAAGAUACAAAUAUAAAUUACAUAAAAGAAGAUGUAAACAGAAAAUAUUUUACAUAUUAUAUACAUCUAAUAGACCUAUUCUUAUGUUAUAUAAGUGUACUUAUUUUAUGCUUUACGAUUUUAAAAAAAUAUUAUAAUUUCUUUGAUUAUAAUGGAGUGUAUAUAAACAAAAAUAAUAGUAUGAAAAAAAAAUUGAAGGGGAACAGAAAAAAGAAAAACUUAAAAAAACUGUAUUAUGUAUUAUAUAUAUUUCUUAAAAAAAUUAAAAAAAUUAAUUGGAAUAUUGAAAGUGUAUAUAAGAGAAAUAUAAGUGUAACAAGUGCUUUUUCUAAAUUUAUUGAAAGUUAUUAUGAUAUAAAGGGAGAACAAAAUAAAAAUAAUAAAAAAAAUAAAAAAAAUAAAAAAAAUAAAAAAAAUAAAAAAAAUAACAAUAAUAUGUGUAAUAAUAACAAUCCUUGUGAUGAUAGAAGCAUGCAUUAUGAUGAGGAUAAAAAGAAAAUUAAAAUAAAAAAUAAAACAUCAACAUGCAGAAAAAAAAAUCUCAUAAAAAGUAGCAUAAAUAAUAUAUGUUCACAGAUAAGUAUAAAAUCUUGUGAGUAUCUUCAAAAAAAAAAACGUCCAUCAGAUUACAUGUUUGAAAAGUUUUGUGUUAUAAGUAUAUUUUUAUCAGUCUUUGAAUUUCUUAUAGGCAAUUUUCAUAUAUUUGCUUAUAAAUCUAAUGUAUUUAUUCCUAAUACAAUGUAUAUAAAGGGGGGCAUUCAAAAAGGAAGGAUUCACAAUAAAUCUAUUAAUGGUUAUAAUAAAUCUAUUAAUGGUAACAAUAAAUCUAUUAGUGUUCACAAUAAAUCUAUUAAUAUUCCCAAUAAAUCCAUUAAUAUUCCCAAUAAGUGUCAAAAUAAUAUAUUAAAGGACGAUAUAGCUAUAAAUAUGUUAAGAGAGAGAUUGCAAAUGAAUCAUAUUAAUAAUGAGAAUACACAUUAUUUUUAUCAUCAUAUAUAUAGUCUAUUACUUUGUAUAGAUAAUUUAUCUAUACAUAUGAAUAAUUUUAUUUAUUGUAAGAUGAAGAUGUUAUUAUAUAACUCAGCUUAUAAUAUUAAGAAUACAUUACUUACAUUUUUAUCUUUCCCAUUUUUUUUUAGUAAAUUAAAAGAGAAACCUAAUUAUAUUAAAUGUGAGCAUUUUAUAGAUUCUCAUAUUUCCUCUUUAUUUUAUAAACAUUUAUAUUUAAUAUGGAAAAUACAAAAUUGUGCUUAUCGUUCUUUCUUAUUGUUUCUGAAUGAACAGUUUUAUAACUUCAAUUAUUAUGUAAAUGAUAAAUUGUUGAGCUACAAAAAUUUAAUUAAUAAAAUAAAUAUUAAUCAGAGGAACGAUCAUUUUUCUAGAUAUAGUCUUGAUGACCAUUCUAAUGGUAUUUAUAAAAAUAAAAGUGAUAAUAAAAAUAUAAACGCUACUAAUCAUAAUUACAAUGAUGAUGGAAAUCAUUCACUGCAAUCGAAUAAAAUAUUAGACAGUAUGAGAGACCCAGGAAAUGCAUACUAUAAUAAAAAUAAAGAAUACAACAAGGAUAAUGAGAACCAUCUAAAAGAUAAAAAUAAAAGAAAAAAAAAAAAAGAAAGAGAACAACAACAACUACUACAAGAUAAUGAGGAAGACGAACAACAACAACAAGAUAAUGAACAUGAAAAACAAAAUGAAAAAAGAGAAAAGAGAGUAGGAAAAGAAUCGUCAUUUUAUAAUAACAUGGAUAUAAAAAAUAAUUAUAUGAACAAUAAUUACAUAAACAAUAGUUAUAAUAAUAUGAAUAGUUGUGAUAAUACAAGUGAUGCAUAUAUGAAUUCUUAUAAAAAUGAAUACAAGAAAUUUUAUGAGUUAUAUAAUAAAGGAUUUAAAUUAUCUGAAAAAAAUUAUAUACUCAUACCUAAUGUAUGUAUAGAAAAAACAAAUAUAGCUUGUAAUCAUUCAAACUUCCUUUUUAAGAAAUCAAAAAAUUAUGAAAAAUUUGCUUCAUUCACUUCAAAAAUAAACUUUUUAAAAAAAUUUAAAAAAAAUUAUGUAAAGGCAAAUUUUAUCAAAUGCAAAGAGAAAAAAGAAAAAGAAAAAAAAAAAAAAAAAAAAGAUGAUGAUCCUCACAAUAAUUACAAUAAUGAUCAUCAAGGAUAUAAUUAUAAUUCUUAUUAUUCUAUAGAUUAUGAUAAUUUAUUUAAAAUGUCUAGUGAUACAUCUAGUGUUAUAUCGAACCAAGAUCCAGAAAUUGAAUACAUAGAGAAUGAUAACCAUUAUAAUGAUCAUAAUGUUAAGGCUGAUCAGACUGAUAUAUUAUAUAAUUACGAUGGUUAUUAUAAUAAUAUUUAUAAUAAUAAUAAUAAUAAUAAUAAAUAUAAUAAUAAUAUUUAUAAUAAUAAUAAUUUUCAUUUCAAUGAAAAGAAAAAAAAAAAAAAUAGACACACAUCCAUAUUUCAUCAACAUAAUAAAAAGUUACCACAUGUUAUUCCUUUAUCUCUACUUUUUUAUAAUUUCAAUGAGAAAUAUUUUAUUGAAAAAAAUAAAAUCGAUAAUUCUAGUAGUACUAUUUUAUAUAUACAUAAAAAAAACAAAAUAAAAAAAAUAUGUAUCCUGGACCAUUUGAAAAAGCUAAAUAAAAAAUGUAAAUUCAUAAAUAAUAUAUCAUACAAUGAUAUAGAAUAUGAUAUGAAACACAUAAGUAAGAAAAAAAAAAAAAAAAUUAUAUUAAAUGAAGGAUAUAAUAAUGAAAUAAAUAAUAAACCCCAAAAUAAUUCAUCUGUGAUAAAUACAAAUAAUAAAACAAUUGUAAGUAAUGAUAUACAUAAUACAUCUAACAUUUUACCACAAUUUAUUUUCCAAAAUAAAGAAUCACAAGUAGAUGCACAUGUAGAACCCAAAAAUGAAAAGAAUCAAAAUGGAAGGGCACACAUUCUUCAAUUACAAAAAAGGUCUAUAGGUUCGGAUAGCCUAUAUGAUGAAAAUGGAAAUGUAAAUAUAAAUGUAAAUGUAAAUGUAAAAUUAAAUGAUCAAAAUUUUGAUGCAAAUAAUGGAAUAUUUGAAGAAAAUGAUUUAAUGAAAGAAGAUAAAGAAAAUAUGAACAAAAUAAUGAUAUAUAAUAAUAAAAAGAAUAGAAAAAAUCAGAAAGUUUUUCUAGAUAUUAAUAUGAAUAAAUUAUUAUAUAUAUAUAAAUGCAUGCAUAUACAAUGUAUGCAUAAUUUAACUCCUUUAUGUUCCUUCUUAAAUACAUUUAUUCCUAAUGAUUGUAGUAUAACGAAUUUUUUUCAUAAUACAUAUAACAAUUAUUUUGUGAAUAAUAUAUUUUUCCAUAAUUUUUUUUACACAUAUGAUAAUAGUUUAACCUUAUUAUUGAAUUCGAAUAAUAUGAAUUCCUUACAUUAUCAUAAUGAUAUAUCGCAUGUAAAUUAUGGAAGCGAGCAGGAUGUUUAUAAGAACAAUGAUUGUUAUGAACAAGAUGGUUUUAAAAGUGUAGAUGCAGAUGAGAAUUUAAAAAAUAAGUCAUCAAAAGGAAAAAAUAAAAUAAAUAAUAAUAUGGAUGAUAUUUAUAGUAAUAGAGAAAAAAUGUAUAACCAUUUUGAUGUGUCCAAUAUAAAUGUAAGAAAAGAACCUUUGAAUAAUUUACAUAUGAAUGAAGAAAAAUGUGAAAAUAUAAAAACUGUAGGAAUAAAUAAUAAAUAUAAUAAUAAUAUGAAAGGAUAUGAUGAAAUAAAGAACAAUUUGAUUAUAUCUAAGACAGCUGAAAAAUAUAUGGAAAUGAUAUUAUUGCUAUUAUAUAAUAAUAUGCGUUUAUAUGAUAAAGAUAAAAUAAAUGAUAGAAAUAAUAGGAAGAAGAAUGAAUUUCGAUAUUUUUUUGAAUAUAUAGAUAAAAAUAUAAAUAGUUGUAUAAGAAAAAAAUAUAAUUUUAUAAAUCAGUUAUCAGAUGAACAACAAAAUAUAUCUUUUUUUAAAACAGGAGGAAUAAUAUCUCAUCCAUUCUUACCUUUCUUUGCAUUAAUACAUAUAAAUAAUAGUGAAAAAAAUAUGAAUGAAGAUGAAAUAGAUAAAGAAAAAUUUCAAAUUAAAUUUUGUAGAUUCAUAGAUAAUUAUGAUAAUAUUUCUUAUAAAUAUGGAAGUAUAACAAGUAUGACUUGGAAUGAUUCUGGUAAUUUAUUAAUGGUAUCUGAUGAUGAAGGAUAUUUAUAUAUAUAUAAUAUUUUUUUAGGAAAUUUUAUAUGGACAAACACAAAAAAACGAGCUUUAUUAUAUAAAAAGAACCUCACCACUUCAUCAAAAAAUGCAUCAAUCGAAACAAAAAAUAAAAAUAUAACAAAUUUUACAAAUCAUAAUAGUACUGGUCUUAAACAUAGAAGUAAUUAUCGUCAAGAAGAAAGACAACACAAUUAUAGUAGGAAAGAUAAUGAACAUGUUUAUCAAGACGAAGAGGAUGAAGAAAGUGAAGAGAUGGAUGAUGAGGAGGAGGAGGAUGAUUAUUAUGAUGAUGAUAAUUAUUAUGAUGAUGAUGAUGACGAUUAUUAUUAUGAUGACGAUUAUUAUUAUGAUGACGAUUAUUAUUAUGAUGACGAUUAUUAUUAUGAUGACGAUUAUUAUGAUGAUGAUUAUUAUUAUGAUGAUCAUUAUGAUGACGAUCAUUAUGAUGAUGAAAAAAGAAGGAAUAAAAAGUCACUUCCAUGCAACAAAACACAAAAGAGAUACAAAAGAAGCGACAGGAAUAAUAAACUUCGAAAUUUUUUUAAAGAAAACAUAUUAAAAAAGAAAAAAAAGUAUAUGAUAGAAAAAGAGACAAACGAUAAUAAUAAAUAUAUAAAAGAAAUGAGAAAGAUACAUGUUAUGAGAAUGAAAAGUAGAAGAAAGAAAUUAAAUAAAAAAAAAGGAUAUAUUAUAAAAGAAGCUAUGUGUGUAAUUAAAUUACAUGAUCAAAUUAUUGAUAUUAAAUGUUUAAAUGAUAAUAACUUUUAUAUAAUAUCUAUUGGAAAAGGUGUUAAUAAAAAAUGUUUAAAUAAUAACACUGUCUUUAUAAAUUCCUAUUUUAUGAAAGAUCAAGAAAAUCAUAUGAACAAGGAAAAAACUGAAACACCAAGAAACUGUAAUAUAUAUAAAGAAAAUAUGAUGAAUAUGAAAUCGCUAAUGGAUGAUAAUAAAUAUGCAAAUAAUAUUAUGAGUAGUCCUUAUAUGCAAUAUGUAAACAAUAUAACAACAUCAAAUAAUAGCAACAAUAAUAAUAAUAAUAAUAAGACAACAUGUGAGAGAAAAAUACUUAGAAGUGAUCAAGAACAAAAUGAAUUUCAAAAAUGUAAUGAUACAAAUAUAUGUGAAUUACAAGAUAAAACACAAAAAACUCAUCACAUUAGUCCUACCAAUUUAAAUAAUAAUAAUAAUAAUAUAGAAAAUGUAAUAGUUCAAUGUGAUGAAGACAUAAUACAUCAUAGUAAUAUACCACACAUGCAUAAUCACACCAUAAAUGUUAGUCAAGGAGUAAAGGAAAAAAAUUCCUUGUUAGACAAUUUUAAUAUAACAAAAAAAAAUAAAAUGGACACUCCAAAAAAAAGAAAUAAUAAUAAUAGUAAUAAUAAUAAUAAUUAUCAUCGUGGUGAUAGCUUUUUAAAUCAACAUGUUUUUAAAUCGAAAAAAUCCUACUUUAAAUCACGCUUUUUUUAUUUCGAUGCAUCCAAUAUUAUGUCCAUGAAUUUUUUUAAAAAAAAUAAAAAAGUGCAAGAACAAAAUGAUAUACUUGACAAUAUAUGUAUAUGUAUUUGGGAUAUGUGUUCAAUAUUAUCGAAUGAAGAAAAACAAUAUUUAAAAAAUAAAAAUUUAGAAAUGAAUAAUAAUGAAAAUAUAAAUAAAAAUGAAUCAAAAAAAAUGAAGAAAAAAAAAUCUGUUAUAUUACAUCCAUCAUUAGUUUGUGUUAUUAGUAAUUUAUCAAAAUAUUAUUUUAAUAAUGAAAAUAUAAAAAAUAUUAAUUAUAAUAAUAAUCAUAUAAAUCUUAAUAAUAAUUAUAUUACUACCUUUUCUGUAUGGACAUCAAACUUUACAAAUUACAUAUACAAAACAAUUUGUCCAUUUGAAAAACAAAAUAAUAGUAUCCAAUUAAAUCAAAUAGAAAAAAAAAAUUCUAGUGAAUUAUCUGAACCACCUAAAAAAAAAAAUAUUUUCUGGAGUUUAUUUAAAAAUAAAAUACAUUCUGAUAGUUUCUCUCAAGAUGCAUAUAUUUUUUAUGGUGAUCAAUUGGGAUAUAUUCAUAUAGUUCAUCUUCAACUACAUAAAGAAAUUUACUCUUUUAAGGCUUUUGAUUUUCCAAUAUUUAAAAUAUUUAUAACAACAAAUAUGUGUACUAAGUUAUUGAUAUUAGCCGAAGACAGGCUCAAAAUUUAUGAAAUUCUUCCAGGAAUUGAAGUUGUAUUUAUCAAAGAAAUCGAAAUAAAACAUGACGUAAGCCCCAAGAAAUGCAUAUGUGAAGAAAAAAUUCAUGAACUGAAAGAAAGAAGAAAAAAAGAAGAACAUGAAAAUGAAGGAAUUUCUAUUUUCAACUUGUCUUACUUUUUAUCAUCUAAUUAUCAUAAAAAACAAAGUAAUACAAGAAGUGAUGAAAAAAUGAACUCAUCAUAUAAUUAUUCAUAUAAUCGUAUGCCAUCUGAUAAUAACAAAAGUAAUAAUGUAUUAAAUGGAUCAGCCCAAAAUAUUAAUACUAGCGAUACUAGAAAAACUGUACAAUUAUAUUCUUUCCAAAAAAAUGAUAAGAAAAAAGAUAAAAACACAAACUCUUCUUUUAAUUCAAUAUCUCAUUUAAAAAGUACAAGUGAAAAUAGUGAGGAAAUGGAUAUUCAUAGUGAUAAAGAUGGAUAUCAAAGUGUUAUUAUAGGAGGUAUUAAUUUUGGAUAUCUAGGAUUUAAUUUUUCCAAAUUUAUGAAUAAUAAAAAAAAAAUAACUAUAAUUGAUGCUUAUUUGAUAUCCACAACACAUUUAGUAACCAUAUCCAAUAAUGGAACCAUUGCCCUUAUAAAAAUAUAA